GGGCCUGCGUGUCCCCAGAUCGUUGCCUCAGGAGCGCGCCCCCUCUCACCUGUGGCCUGGUCCCCCCGCAGGUCGGCUCAGCAUGUCAGUCAGCGUCCACGAGACCCGCAAGUCGCGGAGCAGCACGGGGUCCAUGAACAUCAAGCUCUUCCACAAGGCGUCGCACCCCGACUGCGUGCUGGCGCACCUCAACACGCUGCGGAAGCACCGCAUGUUCACCGACGUGACGCUCUGGGCCGGCGACCGCGCCUUCCCGUGCCACCGCGCCGUGCUCGCCGCCUCCAGCCGCUACUUCGAGGCCAUGUUCAGCCACGGCCUGCGGGAGAGCCGGGACGACACGGUCAACUUCCAGGACAACCUGCACCCCGAGGUGCUGGAGCUGCUGCUGGACUUCGCCUACUCGUCCCGCAUCGUCAUCAAUGAGGAGAACGCGGAGUCGCUGCUGGAGGCGGGCGACAUGCUGCAGUUCCACGACGUGCGGGACGCGGCCGCCGAGUUCCUGGAGAAGAACCUCUUCCCGUCCAACUGCCUGGGCAUGAUGCUGCUGUCGGACGCGCACCAGUGCCGCCGGCUGUACGACUUCUCCUGGCGCAUGUGCCUGGUGCACUUCGAGACGGUGCGGCAGAGCGAGGACUUCAACAGCCUGUCCAAGGACACGCUGCUGGACCUCGUCUCCAGCGACGAGCUGGAGACCGAGGACGAGCGCGUGGUCUUCGAGGCCAUCCUCCAGUGGGUGAAGCAUGACCUGGAGGGGCGCAAGGCCCACCUGCCCGAGCUGCUCCGGCGCGUGCGGCUGGCCCUGCUGCCGGCCGACUGCCUGAAGGAGGCCGCGUCCGGCGAGGCGCUGCUCAUGGCAGACGAGCGCACCAGGCUCAUCAUAGACGAGGCGCUCCGCUGCAAGACCAAGAUCCUGCAGAACGAUGGCGUGGUCACCAGCCCGUGCGCCCGGCCGCGCAAGGCGGGCCACACGCUGCUCAUCCUGGGCGGCCAGACCUUCAUGUGCGACAAGAUCUACCAGGUGGACCACAAGGCCAAGGAGAUCAUCCCCAAGGCGGACCUGCCCAGCCCGCGGAAGGAGUUCAGCGCCUCGGCCAUCGGCUGCAAGGUCUAUGUGACCGGCGGCCGGGGCUCCGAGAACGGCGUCUCCAAGGACGUGUGGGUGUACGACACGGUCCACGAGGAGUGGGCCAAGGCGGCGCCCAUGCUGAUCGCCCGCUUCGGCCACGGCUCGGCCGAGCUGGAGCACUGCCUCUACGUGGUCGGGGGCCACACGUCCCUGGCGGGCGUCUUCCCGGCGUCCCCCUCCGUCUCCCUGAAGCAGGUGGAGAAGUACGACCCCGGGGCCAACAAGUGGACGAUGGUGGCCCCGCUGAGGGACGGCGUCAGCAACGCGGCGGUGGUGAGCGCCAAGCUGAAGCUCUUCGUGUUCGGAGGCACCAGCAUCCACCGGGACAUGGUGUCCAAGGUCCAGUGCUACGACCCCUCGGAGAACCGCUGGACCAUCAAGGCCGAGUGCCCGCAGCCCUGGCGCUACACGGCCGCUGCCGUGCUGGGCAGCCAGAUCUUCAUCAUGGGCGGGGACACGGAGUUCACGGCCGCCUCCGCCUACCGCUUCGACUGCGAGACCAACCAGUGGACGCGGAUCGGGGACAUGACCGCCAAGCGCAUGUCCUGCCACGCCCUGGCCUCGGGCAACAAGCUCUACGUGGUGGGGGGCUACUUCGGGACCCAGAGGUGCAAGACCCUGGAUUGCUACGACCCCACCGCGGACACGUGGAGCUGCGUCACCACCGUGCCCUACUCGCUCAUCCCCACGGCCUUCGUCAGCACCUGGAAGCACCUGCCCGCGUGAGGCACGCCUGCAGAGCCAGGCUCUGCAUGCUUCUUCCCGCCCCACGGCUGCAGCCCCACUGUCGCAGUGGCCCUCACCCACUGUGGGACGUUCCACCGGCCCCGGCCCAGCCCUGAAUGGCCGGCAGCCGACCCUGCCAGCUCUGGGAGCCGCGGACUUGGGGGCCGGUCUGAGUUUUAGACAAGAGAAGAGCAGAGGAGCUGUCUCAGCGCUGUGUCCGCCCAAGCAUCUUUCUUUGCAGUGGUUUGCGGCCCCAGGACAGGACCUUUCAGAGGGGCGUGGACUGACCAGGACUCUCUCAGACUCCGGAAGAAGGACACAUUUGCAGAGCUUUGAGGUCACUGGUUUCAGCAAGUCCUGAGCCGGGACUGGAGGGGUGGGCAGCACCAGCACUGAUGGCACAGCCUUUGACUCAGGGCUUCUCUGUCAGUAUUGUCAUGUCGCCCCACGGAGGACAUCCCAGACCACAGGGAUACGGGGUCCGUCGCCACUGAGAGCAGAGGGUGCCAGGGAGAAAACAGAACACAUUUUAUAAGGGGCAGAAACCUGUAGGGUGAUCUCGUGACAUACACGAGGCUUCAUUAGAAGAUGACACCCAGACCCCCAGGAUUAGAGGAAAUCUCUGGGCCACUCCCCAGAGUUGGGCCUUGCCCUCGGUGACCUUGUCACCUCCCAGUCAGGCUGGGUAUGGCCCAGGAUGCUGUGCCCAGGUGCAGACACGGGUCCUCCUGCCCAGUCACACAGCAGGACCCAGGGCCCCGGGACACAAGCUCCUAGACAAAGGGGUGCCCUUGGGGGCUGCCCCGUAGCCCCCUCUCCUCAGAGCCCACAAGAGGCAGCAGUGACCCCAUCUCCUGAUGGGACCACACUGGCCUUCAGAUGUGGCCCUCCCCUUCAAGACGAGGAGCACAUGGGAGCUGGGGACCCCGGGGGACUCCGGGGCGCCCACUGCAGGUCCCUCUGGGGCUGGACGCAUCUCAGCCUGCAGGCCACCACCCAUGACCCCACCCAGCACCCCCGGGCCUCUGGCCUCUUGGCCUUUCAGUUGGUAACUGGAUCUGGCCCGUUUGCCCCCCGAGCUCACGAAGUCCAAGAGAACUGCCAGACAAGACAUUUUUGUGCAUUUUUCUCGCCUCCUGAGUCUCCUGUGGGUCCCUUCUCAGCUUAUCCCCAGCAUCUGGGGUUCUGUAGAGUCAGCUCCUGCCCGUGGCCACCCUGACACCCAGUGUUCGCGUGUCUGGCUCACUCCUUGCUCGCCGUGGUGUGCCGCUGGAGCGGGAGGGGGCUCUUGACCAACACCUGUGGCUCCCAGGCCACCUGCACUGUGCGCAGUGCUGCCUGGCUCAUGGCUGUGCUGUUUAUGGAGUUAGAGCCACAUUACAUUACUAGCUUUCCAUCAUUCAGCCCUGCCCCUCACGGGACCUCGUGUGGGCGCUCGUCCUGUAGGCUUCUCCUGAGGACAUGGGCCUUUGGGCCAGGUUCACCCCCUGAUGAGCACCCGCCAUCGGGCAGCACUGCCGCCGGGGACAGUUCUGACAGCGGAAGGUGCAUCUCUCAGGUCAGAGGCCUGCGUCCUCUGUUCUGUGUUCCAUCCCAGCUGCCCUGCAGCCGCAGGGCUGUCUCGUCCCAAGAAAUGGCUGUGCUAGGGUAGGGAAGCAGCUCACCCUGGUCUGGAGGGGCCCCUGACCCCGUGGGGUGGCUGCGCUGAGCUAAGCACACUUCCCACAGCACAAAGGACCUCAUGGUGCUCUCCCCCAAGUUGUGCUGCCUUUAUCCGUUUCUAAUUUAAUACAAGACUUGAGAGCA